CGAAAUUUAAUAAAGAUUUCUGACUUAACUUGCGAAGCGGACAUACGUCAGUUCAUACGCCAUUUUAUCCAACUUCGUGAGAGUGAUUUGCGUGCAGUGUUUGCUAUGAAGUUAUUUGUUAUUCAAAGGGACGAAGAAGAAUAAUUUCAACAUUACUGAUUUGAAAAUCCAAAUAUUUAAAAGCUUUCCAACGGAGGACUCGUUGACUGAAAUCGAGGCAAAAAAAUCGUUUUCUGCUUGGUUUCCACGCCUAGCAAAAUGGGAACGUUAUCAUUAAACUGUCCCUUUUGCUGCGAAGAAAAAUUCACGUCCUACAAUUCACUAAAAUAUCACAUUCUCAGCAUGGUUGAUAACGUAAUGUGCCCGGCGUGUAACUGUAGGUGCGAUGAUAUAUUGGAGUUAGCAGAACACUUGGGUAGAGAAUGUAAAGAAAAAGAAGUCGAGCUUCCCGUAACAGAACCAAUCUCACAAGUAACCAUAAAAAAAGAGGCAAAUCCAGAAUCCCAGUCACCUGAUGAAAGUGAGUCGAAUAAUGCUUUGAUCAAUCCCAAAACUGAAGCGGAGGAUAACUGUUACGAUAAAAGCAUUCUUGAAAAAGCUUUAACUAGCACUGAAGAAGAUCUCCAAAAUGAUAAUGAGGACCAAGGAGAGUAUUCGUCUUCUAAAGUCAUGUAUAUGUGCCAAAUGUGUAAUGUUAAUUUUACUUCAAUCGAAGAACAUUUACAAAAGUUCCAUGAAGGAGAGGAAGUCAUUUAUGAAAGUGGGGAUACGGCACACAUACUAAGCGAUGGCCAUAAUCCCACUGUUGAAAAUGAGGACGGCACAGAUAUCGAAGAAAACAUGUUUGAAUUAAAUGACGAAGAAGAGUACGACAAUGCCGAAGAAUACAUAGAUGAUGGCAAGGCUUCCAAAACGAUAGAAGAACAACAGUGUUUAGAUAAAGACGGUCGAGUGUAUACUAGAAAGGUAGUCAAAAUCGACAAAUUCUGGAUAGACAAGAACGACAAACAAGAGGAAGAAGGCCCCAUGACUGAAAAGUACCUGUUGGAGAACGGAAAGAUUCGAAAAAUCACAGAAGAAGAAGCCGACGCGAUUUACGACAAAGAAACUAUAAUACAAAUUCACCAGUGCCCCAAGUGUUACCUGCAAUUCCCCAAUUUAGACCAUUACAAGAAACAUAUGUGUGACCCGUCGAAAGUGAAAAACAAGUUCAAGUGUACGCAUUGCACCGCGGUAUUCCUGAAUUACCAAGCGUUGACGGGUCAUAUGAAGUCGCAUAUAACAAAAGACGAAACAACGGGUAAAAUUAAACGGGUCGUUACUUUGGGUCCGUACACUUGCGACAUUUGCAACACAAUGUUCCCUUCCUUUAAAAGCCUACGGCUUCACAAGAGGAUGCACGACCCCAUUAAGGACAAGAUUCCCGAAGCGCCCGUGAGCUACAGCAUCACGGGCCCUAUAGACGACAGCAGAGAAAUGGUGCGUCACAUGUUCAUCUGCAGCAUUUGCAACAAAACUUACGACAAGGAAUACGAAGAGGUGCACAUGAAAUCGCACAGUCAGGAAGAGAAUUUUAAUUGUUCGGUGUGUAACAGGAAGUUUUACACGAAAGAAAACCUCGAGAUGCACGUCAAAGCGCACAGUAACGGGAAGAAAUUCUCGUGUUCGUACUGCAAGAAACCCUUCACGACAUUCAACGCUUUGCAGGAGCACGUCACCAACCAGUGUCAGAAACGUCAGUACGAGUGCCAGUUUUGCGGCAGGAGGUUUUCCAGGCCACACGAGAAGGUGAAACACGAGAGGAUCCACACUGGCGAAAAACCGCACGUGUGUCAGAUUUGCGGGAAAGCUUUCCGCGUUAGCUAUUGCUUGACGCUCCAUCUGCGCACUCAUUCCGGUACAAGACCUUACCAGUGCAACGCGUGCGGAAAGCGGUUUAAAUCGCACAGCGUCUACAACCACCACUUACUCACCCAUUCGGACGUAAGGGCGUACAAAUGCCCGUAUUGCCCGAAAGCCUUCAAAACCAGCGUCCAACUGGCCGGGCAUAAAAACAGUCACAUUAAGCCGUUCGCCUGUACGGAAUGCAACAGACCUUUCGCUUCCUUGUACGCCGUCAGGGCGCAUAUGGAGACUCACAAGAGGGAUAAUAACUUGAAAUUCGACUGUUGGUUAUGCGGCGCCACUUACGCACGGGCUUUCGCCCUGAGGGACCACAUGAAGAGUCAGCAUGCAGGUGCGAAUGUGAAUGUGGACGAGAACGUUUUGAUUGAACUGGAGACUAAUGAGAGCACAAAUCAGAUCGAGAACGAAAUGCGGACUGAGAUCGAGGAGCAGAUGGAGACCGAGGAAGCGGCGUAGUUUUUUUUAAAUUUUAGUAACCAGUUGUUAGUGUUUUAGGGUACAUUUCUUCGAACGGUUAAUGCAGCAGUUAUAUUUUUAGCAUUUAUUUAUUUGUAGGUGAUCGAAUAUACUAUUGUUUAAAUUU